UUGUUUCUCGGAAUCUGUAGUUUACCUUUCGGUUUUACAUGUGAUUUUUUCAUGCAUUUGUGUUGGUAAAUAGUAUUUACUAAAUUGUCAUUAUUUCAGUAUAUUUUUAUUGCAAUUUUAAUUAUGAACAAGUUUGCUCGGACUCAACAAUGGUGUACAUUUGCUCGUCGAUGGAUGCUUUAUGAUGCUAAAUGGCAAGAUGUUUUCUACUCAGCUGAUUUGGUUGCUGGAUAUUUGAAAGGACAAUUCAAGCCAAUUUAUGACCCUUCAACUCGUGUCGAUAUGGGUGACGUUGUUGUCGUUAUUAAUACCAAAGAGAUAUCUAUGCCUGUUGGUGAAUGGAAAUGGAGAACUUAUUAUCAUCACACCAAUUAUGGUAAAGGCGCUGUAACUUGGGCAUCAGCUUGGGACUUGCAUCAUAAGGAUCCGACAAUUGUUUUCUAUAAAGCUGUGUACAAGUCACUUCGAGGAGGUGAACAUAAUCCAUUCAGAGCUGAUCAAAUGGCUAAAUUAUAUCUAUAUCCCGAUGAUAAGGUACCUGAACAUAUUAUGGAAAAUGUUUGUGACCAAAUCAGGCAACUCAAUCCUAUACCGACAAUCUUGGAUAAAGUUGAUGCCAAAGAACAUCAAGAUUUCCCUAAACUUAUUGAUUAUCCAGAUGAUCAUGUUUUGAAUUAGUCUAGCUAAAUUAAUUUAGUUGUAUGUACAUUGUAUUUAGAUUAUUGUGUAAGUCGUCAAACUAAUUGUUUAUAAAUUGAUAUAUAUUAUGUUAACUUGAA